CACAAUUCAGUUCCAUACAAUUGUUUUAGUUCGAUUAGCCCUCAAUUCACGCCAAACAUAGCCUUGUGUGUUCAAAGGGGACUAACCUCUGGUUUCCUGCUUCUGCUAGACGAGGUGCUCCGAGCUGUGAGUGGGUUGUUGAGUUAUAGGGUUUCUGCGCAUCGUAAAGAGGAAGAGGAGGAGAAUGAUUAUCAGGACCCCACCGUCACGGAAGCGUAGGGUGGAGUCGGAGGUGAAGCCCGUGGAUGACAAUAUCCCCGUUUCAUUUAGUCAGCAGCUGGUCACCUUUGAGGAUGAACCUUCAGCGCUGGAAUCAUCUCAGGACCAUCAUUUCACCUCCGAACAGAUGCUUUGCACUUACCAAUGCCGUCAAAUGGUGAAGUCAGAGUUUUUGGAUGCCUUGAGCAGUGCAGAGAAGCAAGCACAAGAUUAUCGUUCCCAAUUCGAAGCUUUAAAUGAUGAAUUGCGCAAAGCUGCUGCUGAAAGGAAGACCUUUCGUGAUCAAUUCCUUUAUACCGAACAAGAGCUGGCUGCUGCUAAAGGACGCGAAGAAUCUCUUCAAGAGCAGCUCUUGAAGGAGAUUGAUUCUUCUCAGGAACGGCUUACAAAGCAACUUCAGCUAUACAGUGACCUUGAGCUGAAGUUCCAACACGAAAAGAAUCUUCGUGCAAAGGCAGAGUCUGCAGCUGCUUCCGCCGAAGAAAAAGCAAGCCUCAGUGAGAGAAAAUUCAUUAAUCUUUCCGAAAACGUAGAAAAUGAGAGAAAGCGCCUGCGUAAUGAACUUGAAGUGCUAAAAACAGAAUCCACGUUUUCAAUCUCCAGAUUAAGUAAAAAUCUUGAAAGAAUGGAGUGCAGAGCUGUGAAUGCCGAGCAAGAAUCACUCAUACUAAAGGGACAGUUGCAAGAUCUUAGAGUGCGACUGAAUGAGUGCAUGGAGCAAAAAGGGGAACUGGAGAAGAAGCUGUCUGGUUUCACCAUUCAAGAAAGUUCUUCCAAUGGUAAUGAUAUUUUGGUCAAGCAUCUGCAAGAUGAACUAAGGAACUAUGAAGCUGAAGUGCGUGAAGCUAGAAAGCUAAAAUCAUCUCAUGAGAACAUUGCUCUAUUGAAGGAAAAGUUACUUGAAGAAAAAGGUCGAAGGGAUAGAGCAGAGUCAGAGUUAGUUAAACUAGCAGAUCUACAGGUGACUGUUAAAAAGUUGGAGGAUGAACUGUCUACUUGGAAGUCAACAUUGCUAGAUUUACCUGGUGUCUCAUGUGCUGAUGAUGUACCUCAUAAGUUUGCCUCUCUACAAAAAGAGGUUCUUGAUAGCAUGGAAAAAAUGGGUGAGGCUCAGGCAAGUUUGAAACAAAUGGAGGUGGCUUUGGACACUGCAAAGCUUGAUAAAAGCAUGUUUGAAACUGAGUACAACCUGGCAAAGGAAACAUCUGAAUUAUUAAAUUCAGAGUUGAAGAGGGCUGAAUUGAUGCUUGCUUCCGCUUUAGAGGAAAGAGAUCGCUUAAAGCGUAUGGUUGAUGAGCUGAGGACACAAAGGAGCAUGGGUGCUGGCAUUGAGAGCUCCACUGGAACUCUUGUUCAGGAGCUUGAAGCAACUCUGGCUAAGAAGGACAGUUGUAUAAUGGAACUUGAGAGCAGUUUAUCUGAACAAAGGGGGGUUAAUAUUCGUCAGCUUAAUGAACUAAAGUUGUUGAAUGACAAACUGGGCAAUGAAGCAAGGAGAAUAAAAUCAUUAGAGAGAGAAGGUGACCUGUUACGAUCUGAGAUUGCUCUAUUGGAAUCCAAGCUAGGGCAUGGUGAUUAUUCAUCAUCAAAUACAAAGGUUCUGCAAGUGGUCAACACCGUUGGGGUAGAUAAUGACACAAAGAAACUAUAGAGGCUCUGCAGAACGAGCUACAGAAGACCAAGGAGAAGUUACAGGCUAUUGAAGAGUUCAAGCUGUUGUGUCAAUUUCAUUUAAAAAAUCAACAAUUUCACAUAAUUUUAUACACUUGUAAUGUCCCAAAUUAGUUAAUCCUCUUUAAAUCAUGUUGACAAUCAAUGUUAGUUACUUCAGCUUGUGAUAGAUGAUCAGCUGCGUGCAGAUGGAAUUCCAGUGACAGAAUUUACACUUCAAUCUAUGAUCUAAUGAUCUAUCUAUGCUCUUAGUAAGCUGUAAGCUGGACUGCUGGACUUCAUGAAUGCUUCAUCUUUUGUUCUUCUCA